CCUCCGCCGCCGCUGCCGCCACCGCCCGCGGCUCCCGCUGCUGCCGCCUGCCCGGCGCGGCCCGGCCCGGCGCGGCCGGCCCGCCCCUCCCUACGGGAGCGUCCCCCACUCCCGGUUACCCUGCAGGGUCGCGGCCCGGGGCCAGACGGGGGCGACGGGCAGGGCGCGGGUGUGGGCGCGCUCACGGCCGCCCCCCGCCCCCGCGCCGCCCUCAUGUCGGCGCCGCUGAAGAAGGGCCCCGGGGGGCUGAUUGGGCUCAUGAAGGACGCCUUCCAGCCGCACCACCACCACCUCGGCCCUCACCAGCCCGGCGCCGUGGACAAGAAGAUGGUGGAGAAGUGCUGGAAGCUCAUGGACAAGGUGGUUCGUUUGUGUCAGAACCCAAAACUGGCCUUGAAGAACAGCCCCCCUUACAUCCUGGACCUGCUGCCGGACACCUACCAGCACCUGCGGACCAUCCUCUCGCGCUACGAGGGCAAGAUGGAGACCCUGGGGGAGAACGAGUACUUCCGGGUGUUCAUGGAGAACCUGAUGAAGAAAACCAAGCAGACCAUCAGCCUCUUCAAAGAAGGGAAGGAGAGGAUGUAUGAGGAGAACUCCCAGCCUAGGAGGAACCUGACAAAGCUCUCCCUGAUCUUCAGCCACAUGCUGGCAGAGCUCAAAGGCAUUUUCCCGAGCGGCCUCUUCCAGGGGGACACCUUCCGCAUCACCAAGGCAGAUGCUGCUGAGUUCUGGAGGAAGGCCUUUGGGGAAAAGACUAUUGUUCCUUGGAAGAGCUUCCGUCAGGCCUUGCACGAAGUGCAUCCAAUCAGCUCAGGGCUGGAAGCCAUGGCCCUGAAGUCCACAAUUGACCUGACCUGCAAUGACUACAUUUCAGUCUUUGAGUUUGAUAUCUUCACAAGACUUUUCCAGCCAUGGUCCUCCUUGCUCAGGAACUGGAAUAGCCUAGCAGUGACUCACCCUGGUUAUAUGGCAUUCCUCACCUAUGAUGAGGUGAAAGCCAGGCUGCAGAAAUUCAUUCACAAACCUGGCAGUUACAUUUUCCGGCUGAGCUGCACGCGGCUGGGGCAGUGGGCCAUUGGCUACGUCACUGCAGAUGGCAACAUCCUUCAGACAAUCCCCCACAACAAACCUCUCUUUCAAGCACUGAUUGAUGGCUUCAGGGAAGGCUUUUACUUAUUCCCCGACGGCCGGAAUCAGAAUCCUGACUUGACUGGCUUGUGUGAGCCCACACCUCAGGACCACAUUAAAGUCACACAGGAACAAUAUGAAUUGUACUGUGAGAUGGGCUCCACCUUUCAGCUGUGUAAAAUCUGUGCUGAGAAUGACAAGGAUGUGAAGAUUGAACCAUGUGGCCAUCUGAUGUGCACCUCCUGCCUCACUGCCUGGCAGGAAUCAGAGGGCCAGGGCUGUCCUUUCUGCCGCUGUGAAAUCAAAGGCACAGAGCCGAUUGUCGUCGACCCCUUCGACCCCAGGGGAGGAGGAGGAUUGUCAAGACAAGGGGCAGAAGGGACCCCCUCACCCAAUUAUGAUGAUGAUGAUGAUGACAGAGCUGAUGAUUCCCUCUUCAUGAUGAAGGAACUUGCUGGUACCAAAGUGGAGCGUCCUCCUUCUCCGUUCUCGGUAGCUCCCCAGGCUGCCCUUCCCCCUGUGCCACCACGGCUGGACCUUCUGCAGCAGAGAGUGGCCAAUCCACCUGGGGCUUCCAGCCCUGGCACCACUUCAAAGGCUGUCCCUGGUGCUCUCCACAAGGACAAACCUCUGCCGAUCCCACCCACGCUCAGAGACCUCCCCCCGCCGCCGCCUCCGGACCGGCCGCAUUCCAUCGGCGCUGAAGGGCGACCUCAGAGGCGGCCCCUGCCCUGCACGCCUGGGGACUGCCCUUCAAGGGACAAACCUCCCCCCGUGCCCUCCAACCGCCAGGCAGAGCUGUGGCCGUCCAGGCCCAUGCCUAAGGCCCCAUCUGUAGCUCUCAGCCCCGGUGACCCUUGGGCUGGCAGAGAACUCUCCAACAGGCACUCGCUUCCCUUCUCCCUGCCCUCUCAGAUGGACUCCAGGGCUGAGAGCCAUCGGCUUGGGAGUACAGUCAGCCUGGACAACCCAGUGAGCUUGAACACUGGUCCUCCAACAACCUCAGAGUGUGAACACCCCAAAAUCAAACCCUCCUCAUCUGCCAAUGCCAUCUACUCCUUAGCUGCCAGACCACUGCCUGUACCAAAACUGCCUCCUGGGGAGCAGUCUGAAAGUGAUGAGGACACUGAAUACAUGUCACCAUCCUCUCUGCCUGUGGUGCCUCCAGGACCUGCUGUACAAAAACCAGAGCUCAAAAUGCCUUUGGAAAUGACUCAGAGUUUACGAGUUUCAGAGUGCGAGCAGCAGACAGAGGCCUGCAUGUACGAAGCGAUGUACAACAUUCACUCCCAGGCAGCAUCCUCUGCCUUCGAGGCUGUCAGCACUUCUGAUGCAGGGGAUCUGGCAGCAGCCAGUGCCAGCAAUGGCCCUGAGGAGUCAGAAAAUGAAGAAGAUGGCUACGACGUCCCCAAACCUCCGCUGCCGGUGGCCACCGCGCGGCGCACGCUCUCCGACAUCUCCAACGCCACGCCUGCCUUCAGCAGAAUGUCCUUGGAAAACGACCCUGUCACAGGUUUCUCAGAUGGCUCUCAAGUCCCAGAAAGGCCUCCGAAGCCGCUGCCGCGGAGGAUAAACUCGGAGCGGAAAGCGGGGAGCUGCCCACCAGGAGGGGCCAGCAGCGGGACCAGCGCCUCACUGCAGCUCUCCAGCGAGAUCGAGAACCUCCUGAGCCAGGGCUACUCAUAUCAGGACAUUCAGAAAGCACUGCUCAUUGCACAUAACAAUAUUGAAAUGGCCAAGAAUAUUCUCCGGGAGUUCGUUUCCAUUUCCUCCCCGGCGCACGUGGCCACAUAGCACACGGCCGCCGCACCUGCUGCAGCUCCUGUGGACCAACUGCCUGGGCAGCCCUGGCCCAGCUACUCACCAAAGGGGAAGGGGUUCCUUUAGAGACUUCAAGGCUGAGGUCAGUCCUGCCUCUUCAGAGAAUCAGUUGUUAUCAGGUUUCUGUGGUUCCAGAUUUCAAAGCAGGGGAAGGAAAUGGAGCAGAAGGGUGUUUCGUAUGCAGUGUGUGUCUCGGAGUCCUUUCCCCCUACCUCUUGUCUGAGAGAGCAGCUCUGUUCCCAGGGGGUUGGCAGAGGAAGGUGUCACCACGAGGGAUCCCCGAGCUGAUGCCCUGCAGGCUGGGGGCAGUGUUUGUGCUGUGAAUUCUAAGUGGAUGCUCUGAGAAGCAAAGUCUUGAGGUCGGUGUGGUGUGUCCUGUGGUUCAUGGUACUGGGUUUGGAUCUGUUCGCUGCUAUGUGUCUGGCUCAGGCUUUUUUGGAACAGCUGGGAGGUCACUUUCCACUGGGAAUAAAUAGGAGACCUUGGAAGGGUCUUUGGAUUGCUUCCUGUUUGCCUUGGCAUUUCCCUCUUGCCUGUAAUAGUGGUGUUUGCUACCUCCCUUCUUGCUGGGAGGUAGUGUGCCUGGCUCCUGGCAGGCUCUUGACAGCGCUAGGAGUUGGAUUUCUCUCCUAGGUGUCCUCUUGCUGGCAGCACCAGACUGCAGGCAGCUAAAUGUGCUGGGUUUGAGGGGUGGGAGAGGGUGGGAAGAACCUGGAGUGAGAGCAAAGAGCUGGCUGCUGUUGCUUCUCCUUUGUGGGGGUUUUUUUUUCAGCCUUGAGCAUUUCUGUGCUUCAGUGCUCAAACUUGAUUGUGGCCCUGCUGGGCUUGGAGCAGCCAUCCCUGGGCACUCCCCAUCUGCUCUGUCUCCAGGAAUGCUGCACCUGGGCUUUGGGAUGUUUUAUUUAUCUUAAUUGCAUGGUGGUUGUGGCAGACUAGUGGCCUUCACACACAUUCCAUCCUCUCCUUCAGAGAGCUUUUGCAGGAGUUUAGCUGUCUUUGUGCCAGGCUGUCUUGUGGAAGUGGUAGGUGCAGCUGAUGUGUUUGUUUGGUAUCUCUGCCUGCUUUGCAGUCAAAAGAAACGCAGCAGUCCUCUGCAUGGCUAUCAAAACACAAACCAAACCAACAACGUGGGGGCUCUUCUUCUUCUUCUUCUUUCCAUGUCCAUUGCUCUAAGGUGUUGCCAGAGCUGGUGUUAAAAGAGCUCUGGGGCAACUUCUGUGUUUGUAAAACAAUCAACAUGGCUUUAAAAGUGGGGAAAGAAAACCCAACCCAACAAAGCCUGACUUGCAUACUCAGCUACUUCACUCUGUACAGGCUUGAUGUGCAAGAAGUGUGUGACUCCCUUUGAGAGGACUGAAGUACAGAGAUCACAGCCUGGCAGAUGAGCUCUGUGCACACUGAGGGGCUAGCAGCCUCUGGAAGCAUCUCCAGCAUUAUUUGCACCUCUCUAAGGGCAGCAGCAGUCACUGGGCCAAGGGCUGCAACUUGGAGUGAUUAUGGUAGUUGGAUGCAGUUUGGGCUUUUAAAGAGUCCAGGAGCUGGGCCCAGGUCUCAGAGGAACUGCUUGAAAUUGGCAGAGGGCUUCUGCCAAUUUCUGGGAGUAAAUGUUUGUUUUGUAUGGAGUGUGAGGUUGUUUCUCUCUGAAUCUCCAGCUUUAGAAGCUGAUGCAGUGGGUUCCAGGCAGCUCCCAAGCACGAGCUGUCCCUCUUUCCUUUCCUCCUUUCUGUAGUGAAGAAAAUGUUCUCUGAGGCCCUAAAGAGCUCUCCUAGCUGUCAGCACCAUUCCUCUUCUGGGGCCAGGCCUGAAACUUGCAAAUGCAGCACCCUGAUGAGAUUGCUGGCAGUGGGCAUGGCCUCUGCAGUGCUGCAGGGAGAGGGCAGGGGCAGCAGGGUCUGGCUUUGGUGAAGGUGCUGGGUUGGAAGGCUUGGAGAGGAGAAGCUCUUCUCUUUCCUCUGCCCGUGUGUGCCACAGCUCAGUGCUGUUGCUGCUCUUUGUGAAGCGCUCUGCCAGCUGUGCCCUGCAGCCUUGCUCAGGCUGUCUGUGGGAGCUUGUGGAGAAGCAAGCCCAGCACUGGUGCUGCUGGGGCAGGAAGGUGGAGCAGCUGGGCUUGCUGCCUCAGUGGAUCUGCAUGUGACACUUGGGAGGCCUAGUGCCUGAGUGAUUUCCUGGCCGUGUCCUGCAGAGCCAGGCCAAACCCCCUGCUGAGGGAGCACUCUGGGUUUAUUUCUCUCUUUCUGGGUGUUCUCUCCUGUGCUGCCCCCAGCUCCCUCUUGGGUUUGGAGCCACUUCAGUUCUGACUCGCUGUGUAAACCCAGUGCAAGUGUGUUCAGCUGUGAUGUGUGACUCUUUGCCACUGCCAGGGCUGCAUCAGAGCCAGCUGGACAGCCUUAACUCUGGCCUUGCACAGUGUGUGGCCAGGGUAGCGAUGCCCUGCCCCAGGCAAGCUCUUUAUUGCAGGCUUGUGGUGAGGUUGAAUUCAGUCAUUGCCUAGCAGGGCUGUUGCAGCCCUGCCUUUGGGGUUUGUGUGCUGAGAGGCAUUCCUGUGGGUGUUGUGCCAGGGAUUAGAGAGGGCAAUCUCUGUGGCAUGUAUCACUCACUUUUUCUGCAUGUGUCCUUUCUGUGCACUGUUGGUGUCUCAAACUGAUGGAAGAAACUGAAGCCUUGACCUUUCUCUUCCUGAAACAUGGAAGUGUUUGCUUAGUGCUGCAGCCUUGUCUUAUGGCUGUGCUCUCUGAAGUCAACCCAGGCACUGCAGAGUGGUUUUGUGUGUUCUUUUUUCUUGUUGUUCUUUCAGGAAAGGUAACUCUCAGAUUGAUUUCUCUUUGUUCCCUUUGCCUCCUUGCUCUUUAUUCUUAACAAGUUAACUUUUAAAGGAAACAAACCAGAACCCAACCCAAAUGUCCAGUGCCUUGUUGAAGGGAAUGCUGCACCCCUAGGCUGGAUCUGAGUGUCCAUCCCUCUGAAAAUGAAGAGCCCAGGCUAGACAUCUGAGACUGCUUGGAGAGGAGUGGAAAGAAGGGGCAAGAAAGAUGGGCAACUGUCACUGCAACCCUGACACUGUGUUUUGUAGCAUUUCAACUCUUUCCUACUUUGCCUGUUACUAACAGUGACUUGUCUGGACUGGUGCUGUGCUAAGCUUAGUGUGAGGACAGUAGAGCUGUAGUUGGGUUGGGUUUGCUUGUAACAAAAUGCUGCUGCUGCUGGUAAGAGGUGCUGGGCUCCCCCCACUGUCUGUCAGCCCUGGACACAAAGCAAGCAGGAAACACUUUGUAGAGUUGGAGCUGGGCACAAAAUGUGUGGGACCAGCCCCCAUCUCUGCAUGGCAAGCAGCAGGCAGCUGUGGAAAGCCAGCAAGUGGUGUUGGUUCUGCAGAGGGUUUCUGGCUGACUUCAGUGCCACCAGGAAUGGGAAUCUGAGGUGGGCCCCCAGCCUGGCAGGGCUGUGGCUGGCUGCUGCACUGCCUCUGUGUCUGUGUCUCUGCAGUGUGAGGCGUGGGGUGCCCAUGCUGGAGUCUUGCUUUCACUCUCAGCAGCUUUCUGCAUGCCCUUCCCUCAGCCCUUCCCUUGGGGGAGCCAGACAGGCUCUGAGUACAGCAUGUUGCUUCCUGCACUAGACUGAUGACAUUACUGUAGCUAAUCCUGAGGCAGGGUCCUUACUGUAAAUGGUUUUUGUUGCUGUUGUUGUUUUUCAGUUGAGCAAGUCAAAAAUGCAACUCCCUGGGCACUGUCUUAAAGAUGCCACUGCAGAAAUUAGGGAGGAAUAAGGACACUUGUUGUUGAAGUUCCUAACAGAAAUCUUUUGGGCAGUUCUCUGUGGGGAAGGACCAGCUGUGCUUUCUCUUGAAUCAUAGAAUCAUAGAAUGGCUCAGGUUGGAAGGGACCUCAGAGAGCAUCUGCUCCAACCUCCUGCCACGGGCAGGGACACCUCUCAACUAGACUCAGCUGAUUAAGGCCUCAUCCAACCUGGCCUUGAUCACCCCCAGGGAGGAGGCAUCCAGAGCCUUCCUGGGCAGCCUCUUCCAGAGUCUCAGCACCCUUGUACCGAAGAACUUCUUCCUCAGCUCCAGUCUAACCCUGCUCUUCCUCAGCUUCAAACCAUUCCCCCUUGGCCUGUCUGUAGGCACCCUCAUGAAAAGUCUCUCUGCAGCCUUCCUGCAGGAUCCCUUCAGCUAUUGGAAGGCAGCUCUGAGGUCCCUUCAGACU